AUGUUUCUUUUUUCAAUAGACAAAGCUAAAUCUCGAAUCAAAGAACUUGAAGAGAAAGGUUUUUCGUCCAAAGCUGACCAUUUCCUGUCAAUGGAAAAGUGCAGUUUGCUGGAUGCGCAACUCCAGCGCAUGAAAGAUAGGCAGCAGACAACAAAUGUUGACGCGGGAAAACUCAAAAAAUUCUGCAGGCAUUUGCGUCCGACAUUGGACAGGGCGCUUGAAAAGUUACUGCAAUCUUCUGAAUUUCUCGACGAAACGUACAAAUCGGUGUCUCAAUUCUUGCAAACAAUUGAUUGGAGAGAUGGAGAUAACCAUCGAGACUUCUCUCCGAAAUACGGGGAGGCACUUAAAACACCAUGUGACAAUGAUGAGUCCAUGCAGAUGAGCAGGAAGCAGCGCUAUCUUUGACGCGACUAACGCCUUCACCUUCUUCGUCCUCAUCAUCCGACAAUAGUGAAAUGGCUUCGUCACAUCAUGAUGAAGUAUCCACCUGUUGCACCUCUACCCCUCUUGAAGGCUCAUACGACGAUCGUCGUACGAUUUCGGAGCCUCUCAAUACUUCAUUGGCGGACGUAAGUUUUCAUUUAGUUUUUGACUCUCCGCCGGACAUACGGUCUGUCAGUUCCAUGGACUUUUCUGACGAUACAAAGGAGACGGACAUGGAUGAAGAUUGUUCUCUGCUCGAUUCAUACCACGUAAA